UUGUAUGAAAAAACAUUUGUUAAUUUAACAAAUUUAUUGCAUUACGUAGUAAUAAUAUAAAUAAGGAUUUAAGGAAGCCAAAUUCGACGGUGGCUUCGCUGUUGUUAGUCUUUCUGUUCGUAUCGGAUCUGGGGUUUCUUCGCUUCCCUCUCAAGGGUUUCUGGUCAAUUGGCAGAUAGGAGGGAAAAAGAAAGGAGGUUUUUGUUGUUUAAUUAGCGGUUUAAUUAUUGACGUGAAAAAGAAGUGUUAAUCCGUGCAAAACAAGUUUACAUUUUUGUCCUUUAUUGCCGAUGUCUUAGUAAUAAUUGCACGUUAAAUUGAAAAGGGAUUUGUUUGCUUGAUGAAGCCUGAUAUUUUUGUGGUCAAUUAUCUUCUCCUUACCAUAUAAAAAUACAUUUCCAAAGAGGCAAAACCGUGUUAUGGGUUGACUUAAAAGGUGGAAACUUUAGGUGUUUUUAGGGGAAAAUAGUGUGGGUUUUUGUUAUAAUAUUAUUGUCUGUAGAAGUGGUUGAAAAAAUUCACUUUGGGUUUGUGCCUUCUUUGCGGAUUUGUAAUGGAUCACAAUAGUUUGAGGGAUACUGGCUUUGGAGUAGAUUUGGAAAGUGGGGUCCUUACAAGUGAAGAAGAGUUGAGUAGUAUCCUGGUUUCAGGUUCUAAACGAACAUUGGUUUCAAAGCUUUGUGGUGGUUUGGUUGAUGGAUUGAUCAAGGCUGAAGAUGGGGUGAGUGGUUGUUGUGGCAAUGUGUCCAGUCCCAAUGGGGUUUCUCCUGAGAGUGUCAAGGUGGUGGGUGCAAACAAGAUGUUGGACGGCGAAGAGGCUGCUGCAGGCCAUCUAGAGAAGACACCGGUGAAGGAGAAACGGAAAAAGACUAGCAAUAAAAAGGCUCUAAAACCUCCGAGACCUCCCAGAGGCCCAUCAUUGGAUGCAGCCGACCAGAAACUAGUUAGGGAAAUUUCCGAGCUUGCCAUGUUGAAGCGUGCUAGGAUCGAGAGGAUGAAGGCCGUAAAGAAGAUGAAAGCUGCGAAGGCAUCCUCCUCCAGUAGCAACAUUUUUGCUAUGGUGUUCACAGUUAUCUUCUGUCUCGUGAUUUUCUUUCAUGGCAUGUCAUGUGGAAGAUCCCCCCAAAGUUUCCAAGGACCUUCGGUGUCAGCAGGCUCGACAGAGGGUGGCUUGAUCUCGGUUCAGUUCUAUCCCAUUCCCUCAGCAAGUAUCCCCAAUGGACCUGGCUCCGAGUCUCCCAAUUUGGUAGAGCAAGUCGCAGGUUCGGACUUACGAGAGAAGCUGAGAAGACUUGCAGGGUGAUUGUGUAAUAAUGCUUUUGUAAAUGAGAGGUUUUGUUUAUUGAUGAGUUGAACGAAAUGAAUUUCUAUGACACCCUUGAAGUUAUAAUGCAAGCUGUUUUUGCUUGCACUUUUUUGUACACGCAGCCUUGUGAAGCUGAAUCCCGUCUGUUAUUUUGUAUCCCUUUAUGUAUAUUAAUCAAAGUUGGGGGGGCAACUCAGAUGUUAA